AUGGCUGAAAAGUAUCCCGAAAUAGACGUUGAAGCCAACGACCAGGAGCUCGGUGGCGACUUUUUGUCAAGAGAGAGCGAGCUCUUGGGUGACGAGUUCAAGACAGAUCAGGAUAAGGAAGUUCUUGAAGAAAGCGAGGGCGACGACGAAAUCAAUGAUUUCAAGGAGCAAUUCCCAGAGGUUGAGGGCUCUGCCAACGUCAUUGCUCAACAGGAAGCUGAACAAGAUGGUGAGGAGGAGGACGAAUUCGAAGGUUUCGACUCGGCCCCUAGUGCAACCAAGGACUUGAGCGAAUCCGAGCCUUUGAAGGAGUGGAAGGAGCGCAGAGAUCUUGAGAUUGAGGAGAGAGAAAAGGCCAACUCCAAGAAGAAGGAGGAUAUUAUCAGCAAAGCUCAGCAGGGCAUCGACGACUUCUACGACAACUACAACAACAAGAGAGAGCUGCACGCUAAAGACAUUUUGAAGGAACAGGAAGAGUUCUUGGAGAAGAGAGACAAGUUCUUGUCUAGAGGCACCAUGUGGGACCGUGUGAACGAGUUGAUUUCCGAGGUGGGUGAGUUGCCUGAAGACGGUCGCGACAAGACCAGAUUCAAGGGCUUGUUGAACAAGUUGAAGGGCAAGGAGAACGUGCCUGGUGCCGGUGGCUACACUGCUGAAUAA